UUUCUCUCUCCCUAUCUUCAAAAAACUUUUGGUGGCAGAAAGCCAUUAAUGCCAGGCUUGUGUCUGGUUGUGUAUGAGAUGUCAGCAGGCCUACAAAAAGUGACAAUGAAGCUAGAAAAGUAGGGUUCAUCAAUUAUUCUUCCUCUUCACCACAGUGCUUCUUCAAACUAGGGUUGGUUAGAGAUUGUUGGCCUAAUUUGGAAAAUUGCUGCUCUUAUUCUGUUUUAUGCAACACCCAUCUUUCUUUUUUCCUUUGUUCUUACUCUACAAUAUUCCAGUCUCUCUCUCUCUCUCUCUCUCUCUCCAUAUUUUCCAUUUAUAGAAUGCGUAAUCAGUAGAAGACUGGAGGAAGAUCUGCUAAAUUAACCGAUUGUUGUCUGAAGGGUAGGGUCGUAUCAUUUUUCUUCUCCCAAAAAUGACGAGGAGGAAAAUCCAGAUAAAAAAGAUUGACAACACAACGAGAAGGCAGGUGACUUUCUCUAAGAGGAGGAGGGGGCUGUUUAAGAAGGCUCUGGAGCUCUCAAUUCUCUGUGAUGCUGAAAUUGCUCUCAUCGUCUUCUCUUCUACUGGAAAGCUCUUUGACUACGCCAGCUCAAGUGUGCCGCAGGUAAUUGAAAGACAAAAUCUGGAAUCAAAUAAACUCAACAAAUUGGAUGAACCAUCUUUGGAGCUGCAGCUUGACAACCGUAGCUCCAUCUUGUUGAGCAAUGAAAUCGUGGAGAAGACUCAUGAACUGAGGAAGAUGAAGGGAGACGACCUCCAACUAUUAAAUAUAGAAGAACUACAGAAACUAGAGCAACUUCUCCAAGUAGGCUUGAGCCGUGUUUCAAAUGAAAAGGAUGAAAGAUUUCGAGAAGAGAUUAGUGCCUUUGAGCGGAAGGGUGGCCAACUGAUGGAGGAUAACCAGAGACUAAAACAGCAGAUGGAAAAUCAGUUUAACAUUAUAACAAAUGUAAUUGAACAAGGUCACUCAUCUGAGUCGACCACCAAUAUUUGCAGUUCAGCAGAUCCUCCGGAUUUUCAAGACCAACACAUCGAUGGCACUUCUCUCAAGUUGGGGUUACCUUUCCGUAACUGACGUUGAAAAAUAAAAGAAGAGUAGAUGGAUACGCAUUUUGUCAACUGCAAAACAAUCAUUUGUCCAAAUAAAACCAAGCUCACUGUUGUAGAAAAAUUCUUGUAAGCCCAAUUUAUUUCCGCAAGGUGAUCAAAGAAAGUACCGCAUAUGAAUAUGGUGAUCAAAUAGAUGCUUAAUAAAUGUACCAUUGAGACUGAUUUCAGGAGAAUGCAUACGAUGAGCUAUUAUGUCUCGACCUAUUUUUGGGAACAUAUAUUGGAAUUGCAGA